UAAAAAAGAUAGAAUGUUGUUGGAUUCAGAUCAAAGUCAUAAAUUUUAUUAUCUUGAUUGAUUUUUUUAACAUAAUCUUCUCUCUACAGGCAUUAUUCUUGGUUGUUUCUCUAUAUAGUAUUAAGAAGUAGAACAUCAAACGAUCCCAGUAAGUACUCUCCACUCCUACCCAUUAUAAGUACUCUUCUGUAGCGAGCGCUUUUCUUUUUUUUGAGACUCCAUAUCCAUUCUACGGCUCACUAGCAAUCCCUGAUUAUAAGACACCUGGCACCCCUGGCCUUUACCUCAUUGGUACGAAUUUUCAGCAUUUCGCAUUAUACGACAGCAGCGUAGCUCUAUUCGUAAGCCUCACUCUUAUUUCUUUGCUACCUCUAGUAUUGGAAAGUGCCACACUCUACUUUGCGUGCUGUACCAACACCAAAUGUGAUACCUCCUCUAAUUAAGGCUUGUUUUUUCUGAGAAAUUAUACUUUUAUUGUACGAAAAGGUGCGUUAACAGAAAAUUGAAUAGGUUUUUUAUCAUUAGCUUCCUCCAAUGUUCUUGUGUGGUGACGCAUGUCUAGAUUGGUUAGCAAACAAAGGCAGUAGCUACACACAUCAAUAACCGGUUAAUUUUCCCUGAUAUUUAUCCUACAUUCGUUCCUUCAAGCAAUACUUACCGGCUGAACUCGUUAUUGGCCUAUCCUAUCCUUUAUGGGUCUUAUCACGUCCCUAUCAUAGACCUUUAUCUUAGUCAGCAAUCAAAUACUAGUAACAAAAUGUUCGCGCAAGACUGGCGUAAUGAAGUGGUGCAGUUGACGCCGUCGGGUGUUAUGUACCGCGUGUGCGGACGCUUGGGGCGUGGUGGGUCCGCAGAUGUGUUCCGAGUACAAUGCGUGCACAUCCCGGAAGCCUUUCAGCAAGACCAGGAAGCUAGACGAGUGUUUCUGCGACAAAGAGCGCAAAAAGUCCUGAAUGCGCAUACGAAUGUAGGCACCACCAGACCAAGAGAUCGUGGAGGUUCUGGCGAUGAAAACAGCGGCUCAGGGGGAGCGGGAAGAAACUCAAAUGAUCUUACAAACACUUCUGCGGCCGCAGCAGCUCAUCAACAGGUGGUGGAAGUAGGACAUCAAAAUCUAGAUGCUCACACGAGAACUACAACGCCUCAGCGUGGCCUCAUAGUGGGAACGAGUGAGGCCUCGUCCUCGACGUCUCAGCAUAGAAGAAACCGUGGUGGCAGCGGUGACGCAGAGCCACGAUUGCCCAGUGUGGCUUUGAUUACCAACGAAGACCAUCCCGAGUUUGAGAUCGCUGGACCGGGAUCUCGGGAAAGAAGGCUCAGUGACGUCGAAGAAGUUGGUAGUUGUUCGUAGUUUUUUCUAGAAAUACUGAAGAUCUUAGAAUGUAGUCCUACUAGGCUCACCUUAUUAUAAGCAUGGGAUACCGCCCUGAUUAAAUUCUCUUUUACCAGAAUGCAGCUAUAACAAUUUAUUUGCCUCGGUACCUAUGAUGAUAUGAUUAUUUCCAUAUUAGAGAUGAGCAGGGAGAGGGACAGUGUCGGUCACACUAGAUGAAUAUGAGCGAUGCCUGCGAUAGGAGUACUUGUUAGAAGAUAUGACGCAGUGACAGUCUACAAGAACCGUGGUUGCUAGAAAUAUUAUAUUAACCGGUUGCGUUCUUGUAGCUCUCCACAGUAGUUUUUUUAUGUGGACCUGAACACAUCUCCCGGCUGGUGUGCCAGUGUGAGCUCUAUGUAUAGCUGUGCAAUAAUGAUUACUUCUCGUACCAAUCUAUUUAUGUCUUGAUUUUCUCCCCUCUUGCCCAAAGACAACUAAGGGAGUAUUAAAACAGUGCUAAUACGCGGAAGUAGUGUUUCGCUCCUUACCUACCAACCUCUUUGAUCAUCUGUAUGCAACUCAGGUAAUCAGGACUACAAUAUGACGGAAGACAAAAGCGCUAGCAGUGAGUCGCGCAGAAGGAAGCAAAGUGGUACUUUAUUUUCAAGACAUAUUGUCUUGCUUUUCACUGUCAUGACAUCAGUCAAAUGUAACUCUUUGUCAUGCAGUACGUCAUUGUUCUUUCAGUCUCAGUUCUAUCUACAUGGAUAAAAAACUGACGCAAAAAUUGAUGAAAUUUAAUUAGGUGACUCGAAAGACGCUGCUACCGCGUGUAGUAGUAUAGGCCGCGGUCUCGCGCCAUUGCAAGCAGACGCUGACGCGACUGCAGAAACGACAGCGGAGGUAGGAACGGGUGGAGAAACUACAGAGGAUUCUACUACAAAUGUAGGAGCUUCUACCGAUGAUUCAGAUUAUGAAAUACCUGUCCUUGAGGCUGGCGGCUUCUACGCGCUUAAAAGUGUGAUGGCACACAACCAGCAUGAAUUCCAGGUAUAAAUGUGAUUCCUCAACGUUUUUAGUUCUUAGAUGUGAUUUCUUGUUGGUACUAUCGUGAUCACGGAGUAACUAGUCUAUGCUACUUAUAUCUGACAUGUUGAUGUGGCUUCUUGUGGUUGAGACGCUUAGGGACAAGAAAUAAUACUGUCAGACCACGUCGCUACGGCUAUCAUGGACGAUGGCAACAGGGGCAAGAGUUGUAUGCAGCUACUACACUUAAAAUACAUAAAUACAUAGUCAUCGUGUAACCACUUAUACUUAUUUGCUAUUCAGGGGUAGUAAUAGUUUUCUAAUUCAAAUUUUCCGUCUAGAUUUCACGCAUUAUUUCCUAUUCGUAUUCAUCCUCCUUGAACUUAAUGAUUAGGUGUUUUUGCGUGAGCAGGAAUAUACUUAUUUGCUACUCAUCCUCCUUAAUACCUACAGGUGUUUUUGCGUGAGCAGGAGUUGCUUGUGAAGUUAGCAGGGAACCCGUACGUGAUCCAUUUGCUGGAUUACACGGUUUUGGAAGAGGAGCGCCAGUUGUUUUUAGUUUUAGAACUCGCCGAAACCGAUUUCGGGCGAUUCCUAAGUGUGAACCACAACCUGAGCGUGCAGGCGAUUUACUCGUACUGGAUGCAGAUGGUGAUCGCCGUGCGCACCAUGCACCGGGACCACGACGUGAUUCAUUUCGACUUGAAGCCGGCAAACUUCUUGUUGGUGGCCGGGAACCGGCUGAAGCUGGCGGACUUUGGGUUGGCGCGGCAGCUCGGCGACGAGACUACGCACGUGAGUCGGACGAACCGCGCAGGCACGCUGAAGUACAUGGCGCCCGAGUGCAUUUACCAGCCGCACGCAAGCAAGCUGAGGCUGGGGAAGCCCGCCGACGUGUGGUCGCUGGGAAUCAUUCUGUGCCGCAUGAUCUACAACACGACGCCCCACGCGCACCUGCAGGAGAACCACACGCGCAUGCUGAUCGCCAUUUCGGAUAUCCGGACCAAGAUCAACCUCGUGGCCAUUCCCGGUCUCUACACCGACGAGAGAGCACCAGAGGAAGGCUCCAACGAGGAGGAGCCGACUAUCGAUCCUGACCGCAAGGAGCUACACGACUGGUUGAUCAAUGUCGCAAGGGGCUGCUUGAUCUUCGAGCCGCGUGCGCGCUUCUCCAGUGAAGAACUUUUUAGGACUUUAGACUUGCAGCGGUACCCCAGCGAGUCCGUAGUCAGCUUGCUGCACGAGAAAACAGACCAGUACGAGCGCCUAGACGAGGCAGGCGGCACCAACGCAAUGAAGCAUACAAACGAUCGCAACAUCUCGGGAAGUGGUCCCUCGCGAGAGAUCAUGACGGGAGGACUCGACGAGGCGAGCGUGAGUAAGAUGAUCGGCCCAGUGGGCGCGCACGGCGCUUUGAAUAUGGCUGGCGUACUGCGGCCCGCGGAACCACUCGGUACUUUGCGCGAAGACAUGGAGGUGGAUGAAAAUGCCCCUCUUCUAGGAACUCCAGAGGAGGAUCCGACAACCACUUCUAGGAUGUCCGCUGGAACAGGAACCGCAGCAACAGGAGCAGCCGAUCUUGAACAAGCUGCGAGACGAAGAGCAAAGAGGGUCGACGCAGAUGGCAACCCUCUGGGAGACGACGAUGAGUUGCUUGACCUAGAGACCGGAGAACAAUCCAGAUUUGGACGUGGUCAUCAGGCAGAGCAAAAUCAAGAAGAGGAUCAUCUUCUUGAUGACGUCGCUCUGUUGACUAUAGAACAACUGGAAGUUCGGAGAGCGCAAAACAAGCGCUGCAUGGUCCUACUUAUCGUAUUGCUCAGCGUCAUCGUUGCGGCCUUGAUAGGCUGCAUCGUAGCAGCGGUGCUCCUGCACCAGAAGCGAGCGCAACAGUAGCACCUUGGUGAGGUGAUAGUCUACAAGCAUUCAUCUAUAUCCACUCAUUCUGCAAGUGGAGGUACAGGUAAGCUCUUCGAUAGGUGUACAUUGUAGUUAGUCAGAUUCAAGCACUGAGUUCUCUGCUUCAAAGCUUAUUCACUCAUUCUGUGCCUUUUCUUUUACCAUACAUCAAGGGGGGGUCUCGUCCCGUUGCUAUCGCGUCAGUAGCACCGAAUCAGUUAGCGGUGAGGCUCUUGACAAUCCUGUGGCGCCUUUGUUACCAUACAUCACAACGCUGAUAGGGCCGCCCCAUUGGUAUGUAGACCAAUCCUUUGAGGCAUCCUGACAUGACACGAGUCUGAUGUCUGCUCGCGUGUACCCAUUGAUUGAGAUGCCGAU